AUGGCGCCAGCUGUUGGUGGUCCUGUAGGCUACACACCUCCUGAGGGUGGCUGGGGAUGGAUGGUGGUAGUUGGGGCCUUCAUCUCCAUUGGUUUCUCCUACGCCUUUCCCAAGUCCAUCACAGUCUUCUUCAAAGAGAUUGAGUCCAUCUUCGAUGUGACGAGCAGCCAGGUGUCCUGGAUUUCUUCCAUCAUGCUAGCAUGCAUGUACGGCGGAGGUCCUAUUAGCAGCAUCCUGGUUAAUAAAUAUGGAAGUCGUCCUGUUAUGAUGGCCGGAGGAUGUCUGUCUGGGUUGGGCCUUGUUGCUGCCUCUUUCUGUGAAUCUGUUCAACAACUGUACUUUUGUAUUGGUGUGGUAGGAGGUUUGGGAUUGGCCUUCAACCUAAACCCUGCUCUCACCAUGAUUGGAAAGUACUUCUACAACAAGCGGCCCAUUGCUAAUGGACUAGCGAUGGCUGGCAGCCCUGUGUUUCUCUCCACUCUGGCUCCUCUAAACACUUGGCUGUUUGAUCAGUUUGGCUGGAGAGGAAGCUUCUUGAUCCUGGGAGGUUUGCUGUUUAACUGCUGUGUUGCUGGUUCCCUCAUGAGGCCCAUAGGACCCAAACCCAAACCUGCAGAGAAGAGCACAGAGAGGAGGACUGUUGUGCAGACCAUUAACAACUUCAUCGACCUGUCUUUGUUCAAGCAUCGUGGCUUUUUGCUCUACAUCUUGGGCAAUAUCAUCAUGUUUUUUGGCCUCUUUGCACCUCUGGUGUUUCUCAGUAAUUAUGCAAAGAGUAAAGAUAUCCCGAAGGAGAAGGCAGCCUUCUUACUGUCUGUGCUGGCUUUUGUUGACAUGGUUGCUCGGCCCUCGAUGGGUAUUGUGGCAAACACAAAAUGGGUCCGACCCAGGAUACAGUACUUCUUUGCGGCCUCUGUGCUCUAUAAUGGUGUCUGUCACGUUCUAGCACCAAUAUCAGUCGACUACACAGGCUUUGUAAUUUAUGCUAUCUUCUUUGGGUUUGCAUUUGGCUGGCUGAGUUCAGUGCUGUUUGAAACUUUGAUGGACCUGGUGGGGGCUCAGCGCUUCUCCAGUGCUGUUGGGCUGGUCACUAUUGUGGAGUGUGGUCCCGUAUUGUUAGGGCCCCCUUUGCUUGGGAAAUUCAAAGACAUCUAUAAUGAUUACAAGUACACAUAUCAGGGCUGCGGGAUUGUCCUCAUCGUCUCCAGCGUCUUCCUCUUUCUAGGGAUGGGACUCAACUAUCGACUCCUGGCCAAAGAGAAAAAGGAGGAGGAGAGGAAGGCCAGGGUGGGAGGCAGAGAACAAAAGUCCAACAGGGACAAUGCAGCCAAGGAGGUGGCAGAGGCUAAGAACACCGAAGACACUGUGUAAAACUCUGUAGACCAUUCUAAGCUACAUUUUGUUUGAUUUUAUUUUGUUGUCUGAGGCGUAUAUAGACCUAUAAAGUAAAAGAAGACAGCGUGUGAGCAUUUUUCUGUUCCUUUAUGAAUUUUUUUUUUAACAGCACAAAAAUUAUAUUCUGUGACUUCACUUGCAAUUCUCUGUGAAAUAUUUAAACACCUAUCAAAGGGCUUUAAACUUAAAAGAACAAUCCACAUAAGAUACCUCUGAUAUACUUGCAGGGACUGUUAUAUGUGUCUGAUAGACUAUUACACGUUGCUUAGCUUUUUAUCUCACUCAUUUUGUCAGGAUAUAAUGUCGUAUGGUGCCUUUGAAAUCUCAGAUGGUCUCGCUAUUAUUAUAAGUUGUUUUUUGCAGCUCACAAGUUACAGUUUAUUAACUCUGAAAUGUACCAUAUGAUAAUAAAUGAUAGUUUUCAGUAUGGAGCAUUCAAAGCGCAGUGCUGUACUUUUCAAGGCCAACUGCGCACUGAAAGUGAGUAUUUAAUAGCAUUCAACUGACUUUUCUUGGCACAUUAUCUCUUAAAGAAAUCAAUAAAGAUGUUUGUCUGUUCAUAAA